CCUCGCGAUUCUGCUAGUGGAAAAUAUAUCAAUAGAGAGUUUACAGUUGUUGGGUCAAAUAUGAUCCGUUUCAGAGGAUAUUCCUUGGCAAAGAAGUUCUCCUUGAGUGCCGUGUCGCAGAGAUUCUCCUCCACCAGCACCUCGUACGAGAGGAAGAAUCACAUCCUUCCGUACAGUGCAGAUGUUGUUAUAAUCGGUGGAGGAUCGGCGGGAUGUCACGCCCUGUAUCACCUCACUAAGCGCGGCAUUAAGGCUGUCCUGGUGGAAAGGAGCAAAAUAACGUCCGGCACAACAUGGCACACGGCUGGACUUGUGUGGCGCCUGAGGCCGAACGACGUGGAGAUUCAGUUGCUGGCCAGCUCGAGAAAUCUGCUCUUGAGUCUCGAAUCAGAGUCCGGACUUGAUCCAGGGUUCAUAAUGAAUGGUGGCAUUUUCAUAGCGCACAGCGAUGUCCGAAUGGAUGAAUAUCGACGCUUGGCAACAAUCGGCAAGUGUUUCGAUGUUGAAAGUCACAUUCUGGAUCCGCAUGAGACAAAGAAACUUUUCCCUCUGCUCGACGAGAAGGCCUUCACGGGCGCCCUGUAUUCGCCCGGAGACGGUGUUGUUGAUCCCGCCAUGCUCUGCACGGCGCUCACGCGGCAGGCCGUUAAGAAUGGCGGGCAAGUGUUUGAGGAGUGUCCAGUGCUGGAUCUGGAGGUCGGCCAGGGAUUUCUCGGGCCGCAGGACAUCCGUGGAGUCGUCACGCCUUACGGCACCAUCAAGACGAACACCGUGAUUAAUGCCACGGGCGUCUGGGGCAGAGAUGUGAUUGAGAAAUACGGCGUGAAUCUGCCUUUGGUGCCAAUGCGUCACGCUUACAUCGUGAGUGAGCCAAUGGAUGGAGUCAAGGGCCGUCCCAACAUCCGCGAUCAUGACUUCUCAGUGUACUUUCGCAUUCAAGGCGAAUCAAUCUGUCUCGGAGGCUACGAAAACUGUCCCAUUCUCCUGGACAAAGUGCCCGCGGACUUCCAAUUCGGCCUCUAUGAUCUCGACUGGACAGUGUUCGAGUCAAACUACCAGGGCGCCGCCCUGCUGUGUCCACCCUUUGAAUCCGCCGGCGUCAAGAGCACCAUCUGCGGCCCAGAAUCCUUUACACCCGACCACAAGCCGCUGAUGGGCUGGGAUCCGAGACUCGACGGUCUCUUCCACACGUGUGGCUACAAUUCGGCGGGAAUGAUGCUGGGCGGCGGCUGUGGAGAACAGGUGGCGGAGUGGAUUAUCAAUGGCAGUCCCAGUCUUCACAUGUUCCCCUACAGCAUCACGCGCUUCCUGCCCAAGCAGACGCGCGAUCACAACUGGGCCAGAGAGAGGAGUCACGAGAGCUACGCGAAGAACUACUCCAUCGUCUUUCCCUACGAUCAGCCCAUGGCAGGCAGGAACUUCCUCCAGGACCCCUUCCACCGCCAAAUGAUUCAGUAUUUCGCGGUGAUGGAGGAGAAGCAGGGAUGGGAGCGACCAGGCUACUUUCUCACUGACUCCUCCGCCAAAGUUCCUCUCUACGAUUGGUACGGCAACUACGGCCACUCCAAGGCGCUCGACUCGUCGUACGAGGAGCAGCUGAAGAAGGACUACCACUUUGGCUUCUCAGAGAACCACGAUCUGAUAGAAGAGGAGGCGACAGCGUGCCGAAAUAACGUUGUUGUCUUCAAUCUCAGCUACUUCUGCAAAAUCUACCUCACAGGACGUGACGCCGACAAGGCGGCCGAGUACCUCUUCACGGGAGACACAGCCAAGCCCAUAAACAAAACCAUCUACACGUGUGCCCUCAACGAUCGCGGCGGCGUUGAGGCUGACGUCACGGUGAGCAUAAUUGAUUCGGGCAUCGGUGAGCCUCACGCGCCCAUCCUUAAGCGUCCAGGAUACUACAUUGUGGCCGGAGGCGCGUCAGCCUAUCACUCUGUGAGCCAUUUGAAGAUGGCCAUCCUGGACAAGGCAUUCCGCGCACAAAUCACCGAUGUGACGAGAGACUUGGGAGUCCUUUCGCUCCAAGGAAGAAACAGUCGCGACAUACUGGAAAAGCUCACAGAUUACGAUCUGAGCAAUGACAAUCUGCCACCGAAUAGCACAGCCAUCGUGAAGCUAAAACUUCCUUCCGGAGCGCAAAACGUGCGCGUUGUGCGCGUGAGUUUCGUGGGUGAAUUAGGCUACGAAUUGCACAUUCCACAAGCAAUCUGUGAGCAAGUCUUCAAUGCCGUGAUGGACGCAGGAGCGCCUUUGGGACUGAGAAAUGCCGGCUAUCGAUCUCUCUAUUCGCUGAGCAGUGAGAAAGGAUAUCACUUGUGGGGAUUCGAUCUGCGAUCCGACGAUUCGCCAAUUGAGGCCAACUUGGGAUUCACGUGUAGAAAAACUGGCAAUUAUAAGGGCAAAGCCGCCAUUGACAAGCAACGCGCCGAAGGAAUUCAGAAGAAAUUGGCUUUCUUCACCCUUGAGGAGAAGAUUCCCGUCUACGGACUCGAAGCAAUCUACAGAGAUGGCGAAGUUGUGGGUCACUUGCGACGCGGCGAGUACGGAUAUACGCUGGGAAAGCCAAUCGGACAAGGAUAUGUUCGCAAGCCGAGCGGAGAAAAGAUGGAUGAUGAGUUCCUCAAGACGGGAAAUUAUGAGAUCGACAUAAUGGGCCGUCGACACAAAGCCACGUGCCACUUGAGGAGUCCGUUUGAUAAGAAGAACGCCCGAAUUCAGGGCAUUUACAAGUAACAUUCCGAAUGAAAAGCCGCCGUAUUAAACACAAAAAAAAUAAGCGACGAUUUAAUCAUUUUUCUCUCUCACAAAUAAAUGUGCAAAAAAUAAACACUCA